UUUAAAAAAAGGAGCACGAGUAUUGCUUCCAUACGAAGUUACGCUUUAACUGAGCAAGCUUACUUCUUCUGUUGCCAUUGUGUUCUACAUGUAUGGAAUGCUCUCGUUCCCGCUCUUCUUCAUCUAUCGUACAAUGGUCCUUGUGAACAGGUGAACACGUACAAAGAUUCAUCAGCAAGAGUUAUCUUAAAGCUACGAUAUAUAUCUAAGUCCAUAUUUAGCGCAGCACUCGGUCAGUAUUUCAACAAACGCAAUCUUCUAAUUACUUUUGCGGUAAUUUUCAUCUUCUGCUGCCUGGAAGGUGCAUGCCUAUACUAUUCUAACAUUCCUUACGAGGAUCUUUCCGAGAGAUUGAACAAAACUUCAAAAAUCAUGCAACACUUUGACCAGCAGUACAAGGUUCCGGAACAGGCUAUACCACAUCUCACAGACGGGGCUCAGACUACUCCAGCUACCCACCACAACAUAUCUGGAGUGAUCCCGGUUGCUGAAGACUUUAAGCGAUAUCUGGCCUUGACUGGAGAUGACUAUACAAGAAAUCCUCUCAUUCUGUACUUUUAUGGGAUAGCGGUUGUGUCGCAUGCAUUAUCUUACCUUAUCAUUAUAAUAUCUGCGCACUUCAUGAUGAAUACACUCAGAGAAAAGCAGGUAAUUUUACUUAUUUCGUCUGAAUGAGU